GGGGCUUGGUCGGCCCGUGACUGCGGGGGUGCGGAUGGCAAGUGUCCGGAGCGGCUCCGCCUGUUUGCAGGCCGCUGGCUCCGGAGAGCGCGCCUUGGGCGAGCUGCUGCUGGAGUUUUCGAGGGCGCAGUACCGGGCCCGGGAAAGCGGGGGAGCAGCUGGAGGUAGCGCUGCGAGCAGCGGCAAUAAUAAGGUAGAACACAUUGAAAAAUGCUGCCUUGAAUUGUUCAGUAAGGAUUAUUGCUAUAGCCUGAUCCACAAUGUGAAUGGUGAAAUCUGCAGUCAUUACCCACGUCUGAUGGUCAUUUUGGAAUAUGAGAGCAGUGACCGAGAAAGACACACGUUUGAAAGCACCGUCCAGAUUAGCAAGCUGCAAGACCUGAUCCACCGCAGUAAAAUGGCCCGAUGUAGAGGCCGGUUUGUCUGCCCCGUUAUCCUCUACAAGGGCAAGCAUAUAUGCCGAUCAGCCACACUGGCAGGGUGGGGAGAACUUUAUGGGCGAACAGGAUACAACUACAUUUUCUCAGGUGGUUCAGAUGAUCCCUGGGCAGAUACAGAAGACUUGUCAGAAGAGGACUCUGCUUUAAG